GACUAAGCGGCGCAUUUAAUAAAAAAGAAAAAAAUUAAACUUCAAUAAUUUUUAAAACUUUCUUUUCAUAACAGAAUAUGGUAAAUCGGCAAAAACUGCUGGUUUGCAACGCAAUAUUCGAAAAUCUCUACUUUAUAUCGUGUGUGACACUUUGAUAGAUUUCAAAAGUUGAAUUAACUAGCCCGUCUCUAGCGUGCGUGUUGGUGGUUGCGUUUCGUAUUUUUAUAAGAAAACAUUGUUCUUAAUUGAAAUUUUGCACACUCUAACAAUUUAAUAACAUAAUUCGCCGUAAAAGUCGACGUAUGCUAUAAUAAUUGUCAAACGACUGUCAAGUAAAUUUCAAAAAAGGAUAAUAAAGAUGUCAAGUGCUGAAACAUUAGCAGAAGUAACAGAUGUAGUUCAAAUUCUGAGACAAUGGGAAGAGGAACAUUCAUCACCUACAUAUGAUCCAGUUCCAACAUUACGAAGACUGGCAGAAAUUAUAGAAUUAGAAACAGAGAAUUAUUUGAAAAUGGAUCCUGACCCGUUUGAUGAAAGACAUCCAUCACGUACAGAUCCAGAGUGCAAUUUUGGACAUAUAUUGAAAGUGUUAUUUAGAAAAGAUAAUUUUAUGACUAAGCUUAUAAAUGAUUACUUAAGAGACACUUAUUGGUCACGUGCAGGAAUUACGGGUCGUGAUGUUAGAAAGCUCAAUAUUGCAGCUUGUCGUCUUAUGCUUGAUAUUCUUCCUGGUUUAGAAACUUCUGCAGUAUUUCAGCCAGAUAUGGAAGGACUUAUUCAUCGUUUGUUUUCUUGGGCAGAAAAAAGUGUAGAACCCUUACAAAGUUAUGCAACUGGGCUUGUAGCUGCUGCAAUGGAAGUUCAGGAAAUUGCUACAGGAUUUAGAGAGCAAAAUGCAAAAAUGGUACCUCUGAUGCUACAAAGACUCCAUAAAUUACAAGAGGAAGCUCAGGAAGAAAGACAACUUGCAACUAACAAUAGGCCAUUUGCACAUUUUGGCCAAGAUAGAAAUAGUGGAGGAGAUGGAGAAAAUAAAGGUGUGCCUGGGAAAAGAAAAGUAAGAGAAAAACGGAAAGAAAACGAUAUUCUUAAAAAUUCGAAUCAUGGUAAUUAUUUUUCUGAAGAAGAAGAAGAUUGUCCUCAGUCCUCUGAAGAGUCGGCUCCGUUACCUAAAAAAAAAAAAAAUAGUGCAGAGUGUGAAACUACUGUAAAAAAUAAUACAGUAUAUCCAGAGAUAAUGUCUCCACCUUUGUCUGUGCCAAAAAAUUCUAAUUUAAAUAAUCAAGUAACACCAUCCAAGGCACAUAGUACGCAUAAUAAAUCAUUGAAUGUUACUUCUGUAAGAUGUAAUUUACAAAAAAAUUCUUCAUCUUCAAUGCAAAGUUCCACUACAUUAUCAACAUUAUUAGAAGGGAAUUCUAAUUCUUCAUGGGCAGAAAUGGAAUCAUAUGUCAUUGGAAAUAUACAAAUGCAUCCUCCAACAUUAGGUACAAGACAAAUGUUAAUACUGAGGUAUCUUACACCAAUGGGUGAAUAUCAAGAGUUUUUAGGUCAUGUAUUUGAACAAAAUGCUUUGGAACUUAUUUUAAAAUAUAUCAAUGUUAGGGAAACAAAGGAUAGUCGCUUAGCAUUUGAAGCUUUAAAAUAUUUAGCUUCUCUUCUUUGUCAUAAAAAAUUCUCUAUUGAGUUCCUCAGUGUUGGUGGUCUACAGAAAUUAUUAGAUGUUCCAAGACCCAGUGUUGCAGCUACUGGAGUCUCUAUUUGCUUAUACUAUUUAGCAUACUGUGAAGAUGCAAUGGAAAGAGUAUGUCUACUGCCAAAGCAUGUUAUUUCAGAUCUUGUUACUUAUGCAUUAUGGCUUCUAGAACGAAGUCAUGAUUCUGGAAGGUGUCAUGCAACAAUGUUUUUUGGCUUUUCUUUUCCAUUUAAAGUAAUACUUGAAGAAUUUGAUGCACAGGAUGGACUUCGAAAACUUUUUAAUGUGAUAUCCACAUUACCAAUUUUAAAUAUAGAAGAAGAGCCAGCAUUAAAUGAUGAUGAAGAAUGUGCUUCUAGACAAAUAGUUAGGCAUGUUGCAGUAGCUUUAAAACGAUAUAUGGAAGCCCAUUUACAUCUUAAAACAGAACAAUUACAGAGAGCAGAAAAUGUUAGAGCAGAGCGUGAUACAUGGCAACCAUCAUUACCACCCUAUAAAGCUGUGAAGUUAAGUAGUGAAGAAGUUCAAGCAAAGGUGGAAAUACUUCAGGAAUUAAUGUCUGUAAGAGCAGUAUGGCCGCCAGUAGAGGAGUUAUAUCGUCUUGGAGGCAUAACACUUCUUCUACAGAUUAUUGCUUUUGCUAGGGAAUGGAAUUACAGUGGCAGGGUUCAUACAACUUCUAGUGCAGAAACGGUUCGCUCUUGCUUAGACGUAAUAGCUAUUUGUUCUGUAGUGCCAAAAGUGAUGUUAUUACUUUGUGAAAGAGUAGACAUGCCUGAUAUGUCAAUGACAAUGGCAAUUAACUUACUCUUAGCUGCAGCGGAAUGCGAAAUUAUUGCAGAUCCUGAUGUACAAAGGGCUGCGCUAAGAGCUGUAAUUAAUUGUGUCUGUGCUCCUAUAAAUAGGAUUGGUGGUAAUGUUGCAAGAUAUUCAGUAACAGGUUCUGCUAAGAAAAAAGCAAACAACAAUAGUGAAGAACUAAUACAAAAAAUUUGGGGAAGUGUUAGGUCUAAUAAUGGAAUAAUGGUUUUAUUACAAUUGAUGAUGGUUAAAACUCCAAUCACAGAUGCAGAUAGUAUAAGAGCAUUGGCUUGUCGUGCUUUGGCAGGUUUGGCACGAAGUGAAAAAGUAAGACAAAUAAUUAGUAAGCUUCCAAUGUUUACCGAUGGACAAAUUCAAGCACUUAUGAAAGAUCCAAUACUUCAAGAAAAGAGGCAGGAACAUGUUAUGUUUCAAAAAUAUGCUUUAGAAUUAAUGGGAAGAGUUUCUGGAGAAGCAAAACCUACUGGUGCAGAAUAUGAAAUUUCUUUAGCUAGUUUACAUAGAGCAAAUGUAGUAGCACAGACAAGAAUACAAUACAAUGAACAACAGUUAAAUCAAUUAAUAUAUCAACAUUUAAUGUCAAAAGGUUUAACAGAAACUGCAUCAACACUUCAUAGGGAAGCAAAUUUAGAUUCUUCUGCAAUUAUGAAACCUGUAUGUACAUAUCAACCAUUUACGUACCGUAGUCCUGCAACUACUGGAACAAGAAAUGGGUUCUCUCCUAGCGCCACAGUGAAUUUGUACAGUACGAACAGAUGCAAUCAAAGAGAAGUUACUUCUCGAAACAAUACUACUCCUACUUCAUCGUUUAGGUACAUAUCUCACUCAAACAAUAGUUCCAGUUCAUCAUCAUUAUCUUCUGGAAAUAAUAUACGGAUGAAACAUUCUGACUGCCUCAAUCAAAAUGUUAUUCCAAAUAAUACAAAUCAACUAAUAAAACUACAGAUUAAUCAAAAAAAAAACCAAGCCGAUAAACAACCUCUAGUCAAUCAAAUAAAUUGUCACUCAAUCAAUCAGCCGACAGUGUGUCGAUCACUACAGAAACAAAUUUCGAGAGAUCCUGCAGGUGGUGGAGGACCUGGAGUAGCUACAUCGAAUCCAUCUACUAUAACAUUAGAUUCUAUUAUAACGGAAUAUUUAACUAAUCAACAUGCAUUAUGUAAAAAUCCUAUGGUUACUUGCCCACAAUUUAAUCUAUUUGAACCACAUAAGUGUCCAGAUCCCUGUACAAAGAAUUCAACACCAACAAAUGUAACAGUAAGACUGGCUAGAAGAGCAUUAGGCAUGGAUGGUAGAAGAUUGGAUAGAAGACUUAUUUAUAGCCGAUUUUGUCCUGUAAAAACUUUCCGGCCUACGGAUGUUGCAACCUUCACCUAUUGUAUCUUUUCACCUUGUCAACAAUAUUUAAUGUUAGGUACUUAUGCAGGAGAUGUAAAAAUGUAUAAUAUACAUACAGGAUUAGAGGAAGCGACAUAUUCAUGUCAUGAAUCUUACGUUUAUCACAUGGAAUGUAAUCAGCGUGGAAAUUUGUUAUUAACUUCUACCCCAUGGAGAAGUCCCAUGUCUGUACUUUGGAGUAUAGGAACAUUUUUUGAUUUAAAAUUAUCUUUAGAAAAUGUAGAAUACGUUGAAUUUGGAAAACUUCAAGACAGAAUUAUAGGGACCGAUAGCGAUAUUGCAACAAUUUAUGACAUAGCUACUGGACAAUUAUUAACCAGUUUUGCUCCUUCAAUCUCCAAUCGAUAUACUAUGAACCGUGCUACUUUUAGUAUGAAUGAUGAGUUGGUUCUACAUGAUGGAAUUUUGUGGGAUGCAAAUUCAGGAAAACAAAUUCAUAAAUUUGACAAAUUAAAUCAAACACUUAAUGGAGUUUUUCAUCCUAAUGGUAUAGAAGUAGUAUCAAACACGGAAGUUUGGGAUUUAAGAACUUUUCAUUUGCUAAAAACAGUGCCAACACUUGAUCAAAUGGAAGUAAUUUUUUCUCCUGUUAAUAAUAUUAUAUAUGCUGUGUCAUUGGAAAAAGAAAAUAUAGAUGAAACCAAUUAUAUUACUUCAUUUAAGACAUUAGAUGCUUUGGAUUACAGUAAUAUUGCCACUUACGAUGUUAGAAGAGGGGUUUACGGAUUGGCUUGCAAUAAAUUUGACACACAGAUAGCAGUAGUGGAAAUACUUAAUGAAUUUGAUGAUAAUCAUGAAUCCAGUGUAAGGUUGUACGAUGUCGGCAGGAGAAAAGGCGAUAAAGAUGAAACAGAUGAAGAUGAUGAUGAAGAAGAUCUUGAUGCAAGUGAUGAUGAUGGUUCGAAUUCUAGUUCUGAUGAUAAUAAUGCUGACGAUGCAGAUAACCCAGAUGCAGCAGCAGAAGGAAAUGGUGAUGAAAAUGAACGAAAUAAUCGUGAAAAUAACGAUGAUGAUGAUGACGAUGAUGAGGAUGAUUCAGCUGAUGGAGAUGAUUCUGGAGACAAUAUGACACACUAUAGCAGAUCUCCUGAUUCCUCUGAUAUUUUUCUUUCUGAUAUUGAUCUUGAAAGUCUGUCUUCAUCAUCAUGAAAUAUUAUCUUCAACAGUUCCAAUGCAUUAUAUGUAGAAUUUUAUUUCAUUUUUGGCCAAUCGGAAGGGACUGAAAGAAGUUUCACUAUAACAUAAUAUUUUUAAUAAUGUUUACUAUUAUUGGCGAAAUGGAAAUAUGCAUUUAAAUAAAAAAUUUAUUAUAGUAAUUUUAUUUAUUUCAUAUAUCUUUUAUGUGUGGACAAUACGACAUGCAGAAGUACAAUUUAUUAUAAUUAAUUAAACAACAAAUUCUGUUUGUGCAUUCAAUUAGAAUUAAAAAUUAAAAAUUUACUAAAUAAGAUUUAUAUGAGAAAAUAUUAAAACAUGAUCCUUUCGCCAAUAUUAAAAUGACACUAUAUUAUGAUUAAAGAUUGGCUAAUGAAAUAAUUCUGAAGUACUCGAUUUACUCAACAAUCAUUAAAGGGUUAAAAAAAUGAUAAAUUACCAGUGUAAUUUUAAAUUUCCAAGAUUCUUAUCUAUAGAUUUAUAAUGUAUAUAUUAUUAUUUAAGAUGUUCGUUAUUCAGUGAAUUUGUAUAACAUAUUCUCUGCUAAACAUUGAAUUACUCGUAAGAAAUUUGCUUGCUGUUCAGAAUAAUCGUAAACAUUUUUAUUGAUAUGUAAAUCAGAUUUUAAAUCACUGGAAACAAAUGUUUUAUUAUUUUAGAAUGUUUGAUUCAUGGAAACAGCAAACUUUUCGAAUUCUUUAAUGGUAUAACUAUGUAUAUGAAAAAAGAAUGUGAGAGAGAGAGUGUACGAGAGAAUAAAUGAAAGAUUGUAAAAAGUUGAUUUAAUCCUGUCAUUUGUUAUUAUUAAUAAAGAAUCGUGAAUUUGUA